UCAGUCAGUUAGCACUCAGUCCCGUCGUCGGUCAGUGUCUUUCGUUCGUCCGUCAUUCAAUCUCGCUGUUAGCCCUUGCGUCGCGAUUGAUGUGAUUGAAUUUCAGUGAAAACAAGUGUAAUUAACAAUUAGUCGUGAUUUGCACGUAAAAUAAAACAUUAUACAGUGCUAGAGGAAGAAAAAGACGGUUUAGUUAUUACUUUGAUGCUGUGUUCGGGAAAAUUCUUCGUCGGUAAUCAGAAAUGAAAACAAUACACGAAGAUGGUGGGUGGUGCUCAGUGAGUGGAACCAAAUCCGAACGGGUUGCUUCACGGUGCGCUUUAUGGCCAUGGAAGUUUGCAUAAAUAGUGAUGUGCUCCUUAGUGAUGGUUAUAUUUUUCCAGGACAAACAGUGAUUGAUGUUCAACAAAACAUUAUUAUACUCUGGCUUCUAAUGUUAGCCAAGCGAUAUAAAUUGAAUUGGAAAAUAAUCAACGUCUUUAAUUAAUUGAUGCAACUUUAUGAACAUCCGAUGCAUCCAUUGAGAAAGUGCGCGGGUGUCGUGGGGGUCGACCCCCUGAAGUGAAUGAAUAUUUGGAAAUUUACGUUUCUCUAUCGUAACGCACACGCAAUAUAUGGACUCGGCGAAGAGAGCAAAAUCCAGGUUACAUUUGCGCCUGGAAAGGUAGGCUGUGACCGCAUGCCGCCCUUGACGAUGUGAUGGAAUGGAAGAAGGCCGAAAAUGCCUUUAAAGUGCGCUGAAAUGUACGAAUAAAAAGAUGAAUGAAUAAUAACAAUAGGCUGAAGAUGAAGCAAAAGUAGCAGACAGCGAAAAAGCACCGAAGAAAAAAAGAAGUUUGAUCAAAACUAACAUCCUGUCCACUCACUUGUGAGGUGGAACUCCGCGGAGUGAGUGCCUGGCACUCAUUGUGUAACACACCGUUCGGUGUAAGUGUGUAGAAGUUGGAGCCAUGCGAUUGCUUGGAUGUGUUAGUGUUGUUUGAAAAUUUCUGAAUCAAAGUGUACUGGAACGUGUGGAUCGGGAAGACGUGAAAGAAACCUACCGAGAUUUUUUUAUGAAUAAACUUUGGUGAGUGACCAAGCCGCAGCAGUGUGAGUGUAUCAAUCGGUUGCUUUGACUAAGCGAAAGGUGCACAGUUCCAUACGAAUACAGUGUCGAGUGGCAGUCGUUUGGCAGCAGAAGCAGCAGAGCUGUUUUGUGUACACACAUUCGCAGUACUAGUUAUGGAUUCAAUAUGGCUGACGACACACGCAAAGUCCGUGUUGAGGAACAACUAAAAAUAAAAAUAGGUGAAGCGAAAAACCUCAUCGGUCGCAAUGGCAACAACUGCGGUUCCUCCUCAUCGGGCUCGAAGGAAAACCGCGAUGUGUACUGCACGAUCGCCCUGGACCAGGAGGAAAUCUGUCGGACGCCGACGAUCGAGCGGACGCUCAGCCCGUUCUUCGGCGAGGAGUACCAGUUCGAGAUUCCGCGCCACUUCCGGUACCUGUCGGUGUACGUGUGGGACCGGGAUCGGCACCUGAAGCAGGACAAACCGUACGGCAAGAUUGCGAUCAAGCGCGAGGACCUGCACCAGUACAACCACAAGGACCACUGGUUCCCGCUGAGGCCCGUCGACGAGGACUCGGAAGUGCAGGGAAUGGCCCACCUGGAGAUUACCGUCGACGACGGAGUCGGUAAUCUGAAGCAGUGCAACGAGUUUGACGAUUGCAGCAGUCACCACCACUUCCAGUCGUCCAACAAUAGCACUUCCUCGUUCGGCAGUAGCGCAAGCAGUGAUACGAAAGAGAAUUCCACCUCCUCCCACCUCAACCAUCAGCACCACCCUCACCACCUUAACCUCAAUCACCAUCAUCAACAGCUGCAUCAUCACAUGGUGAACAAUUCUGUGAAUAGUACAAAUUUAAAAUUAAGUUUUCCAUCCAAAAGUGGCGGGGGAGGAACGCUAAAGACAAUCUUCGGCGGCAGCAGCGACUUUGGCAAUAACGUGCAGCAGCAAUCAUUCCGCAACAUUCUCGACACCAGUAGCAGCUCUAGCCGAAGUUCGCGCAUCUCUAUCAAGCUGACCGAGUGUAUGAACUUGGCGCGCAAAAAUGGCCUCUGUGAUUCGUACGCAAUACUAACUGCUCACUAUUCGAAUAAGAAGAAAAUUUCACAUCGUACUAAGGUGAAAAAGAAGACGGUCAAUCCGGAGUUUGGCGAAGUGGCAAGUUUUGAUCUGUGCGUGGACGUGUGUGGCAGUGACUCGAGAAGUGAUAGUAACAAUACUUACACAGUGGCACCCCUGGGGGGCGCAGAUCUGUGUGAGGUCGUGAUAGCUUUUAUGCACAAAGGGGGUAUAGGUGAUGAUGUGUUUCUCGGUGAAAUUAAGCUUCCCGUUCGUGGGAAGCAGCAAUUAAACGCAGUGCAGCAAAGUGCGUGGUACUAUCUACAACCCCGGACAAGCCAUUCGCGGCCGACGCGAACAUGUGCGACUCCUCCCGGAACCCGACUCUCUUGUGAUAACUCGCUUGGCUCGCUUCGGCUCAAGCUUAUCUAUACCGCCGAUCACGUGUUCCCCCUAGCAACCUACGAUCAUCUCCUGAACAUCCUUAUCCAAUCCAUCAAUCAGAAACCCAUCACCGCUAGCGCCGUCCACAUUCUCGGUGAAAUCAUCCAGAACAAAACGGAAGUCGCUCAACCGUUGGUCCGACUGUUCACCCACACCAACGUGAUCGCACCGAUGAUCAAAGCCCUAGCGGAUCACGAAAUCUCCAAACUCACCGAUCCGACGACCAUCUUCCGCGGUAACACCUUGGUCUCGAAAAUGAUGGACGAAGCGAUGCGACUGUCCGGUUUGCACUAUCUGCACAACACCCUGCGGCCGAUAGUGGAGGAAAUCUUCUCCGACAAGAAACCGUGCGAGAUCGACCCGGCCCGGGUCAAGGACAAAAGCAUGAUCGACACCAACCUGGUGAAUCUUCAGGAAUACGUGGAGAAAGUGUUCGAGGCCAUCACGAAGAGUGCGGUGAAAUGCCCCGCGGUGCUCUGUCAAAUAUUUCACGACCUGAGGGAAUGCGCGGCCAAGUACUUUCCCCAGAACAAGGAGGUCCGGUACUCGGUCGUGUCCGGAUUCAUUUUUCUGCGGUUUUUCGCCCCAGCCAUUCUGGGCCCGAAGCUGUUCGACCUGACGACGGAGCCAGUGGACGAACAAACCACCCGUACUCUAACGUUGAUCUCGAAAACGAUCCAGUCGCUCGGAAACCUGGUCAGUUCCCGGUCAGCGCAGCAACCCUGCAAGGAGCAGUACACCGGCCAGCUGUACAAGAAGUUCUGCACCGAGAAGCACGUCGACGCGAUCAAACACUUCCUGGAGGUGAUAUCCACCGUGGGGGCCAACAUCUGCGACGAUGACUCGACGACGGUGCUGGAGCCGGUUGUGCUCAAAGAAGGCGAAUGGAUGAUGACCAAACGGGCCCAAGGUCGGAAGCGCUUCGGCCGGCGGAACUUCAAGCAGCGCUACUUCCGGCUAACGACCCAGUCGCUCAGCUACGCCAAGGCAAAGGGAAAGCGACCGAUCUGUGAUAUACCGCUGGCGGAGAUUCUGGCCGUGGAGCGGCUCACCGAGCGGAGCUUUAAGAUGCAGAACAUCUUUCAGAUUGUCCGCAAGGAACGACCGCUAUACGUCCAGACGGCCAACUGUGUCGAGGAGAAGGAAUGGGUCGACCUGCUGAGUAAGAUCUGCCAGAGCAAUAAAGCACGGUUGGAGCAUUUUCAUCCCUGCGCCUACAUCAACGGCAUGUGGACCUGCUGUGCGGAAAACGACCAAUACGCAGCGGGCUGCACUGCCGUAUCGCCGACACCAUUCCAGAUGGAGCUGGCAACUGCCCUCGACCCGGCUCGGGAACUCCAGCGGUUGCACUCGCUCAUCAUGGCCAACUUCCACGGGCUGGAGGAACUGGAUUCCACGCUAACGGCCGCCUGUGAGGAUCCCGGAGCCGCCCGGAAAACCAUCAAGAAGCUGAACGAAAUUGCCAACUCUCUCGAGCGGAUCCAUCGCAAGUACAAGACGAUGUUGGCCCGGGAGAUGCGCUACGGAAGCCGCCAGGCCCCAAUCGGGGACGACAACUAUCUGCACACGUCACGUAUGAUUGCGGCGGCUGCAGCCAGCAGCGGAAACGGAAAUCUUGCCGCAACGGCAGCAGCCGCCGUGGCCGCUUCUUCCAUGCUUCCGGCUUCGCAGCACUUUGACAAGUCCCCCGGUCUGUUCCACCGUAACCAUCCGCUGCGGAGGUCCGACAAUGAACGAUUCUCUCAGUGUUAAGUUUGUUUUACACCCACCACUCCACCUCAACCCUUCCCUAACCCCCUUUUGUACGUUUCGCUGUAUUUAGUAGGAAAAGUUAAUUUAUUUAUGUUCUAUAAAUUCCCUUUCGUAUAUUUAACGACAUUUUAAGUUUAGAAAAUUUGACCGAGUUGCGAGUUGAGUAACAACCAGCGAAAAUCCUCACAGCCUCCCAUUGUGUAUGUAUAAGCUCUAACACCAACAAAUAAUUUUAGAAGGGAAAUCCCGAAAAUACGUGUAAAGCAACUGAAAUAUUUAAAGCGUUACGCACAUUUAAUUUUACGUUCGAACGUAUGUGAACAAAGCUAAUUGUACAGUAGAUUCAUAUUAAUCCCGACUAGCACACCAAUCAGCACACAAACACCACCACAUGAGCAUUAAGUAUAUUAUUUUCGCACCAUCAUUAAUACAUCAGCACUGUUUCAUUGCGAUUAACACUCGUGCACAUAAGAAUAUAUACAUAUAUACCAUGAAUUCGGCAAGCUAGAUAAAAACGAUGUUUAGUCCAUGUACCAUACCGGCUAAGAUUGCAUAUCAGGAGGAAUGAAAACCUGUGCGGCUUGCUUUUCCGAAUGUUCAGUGCAAAACAGACGAGAUUUCAAAAUGUCGAACUAUCGUUUUCAGUUCACGACUUGAUCCUUGUAUCUAUAUGACGAAAAGCUAUACCUAGUUGGCCACAUUCGUAGAAUGCAACUGUCUCAGAAUACUUUCCUCGGUAUGCAGUUGUAACGCCAUUGCGCAAUCUCAAAACAUGAUUUGAUUCGGCAAGCGUUAAGAAUGGAGAAAUUCUUUGAUAUCCUUGAUGAGAAGUGUUUCCGACCUGUCCACCCCCGGCUCUCGCUCUCUGUCUUCUGAAGCCAAGAGGUUGUUGUGCACACUUUGAGUUGAGGAUGAUGUUAGAAUUCGUCACCCGGGCGGUUCAAUAUUUGAACCACGAGGCGAACGAGAGCUUUGACUUUAACGAAAACGGAAGUAUGAUUUAUUUUGGUUUAUAGGCCUAAGUUGCUACUAUUACUACAGCUAAUGCUCGAUAACUGGGUGCUAUUUAACUGGGCUGCUUUUUAACUGGGUGCUCGCUAACUGGGCUGUAGCCCAGUUAAAAAACAGUUAAACGUCAAAAACUUUCACCAUCCCGUAACUGACGAGGGGCGUGCAUAUGCAAAAUAAGGUUUCGGCAUUAUUUUUUUAAUUGUAAUUCUUUUCGGUGUUUUAGGAAGCGAGUCACCGAGGAAGAUCCUACGCCAUAUUUUCUGGCGAGCGACUCGUGCGAUCCACCUCCUCUUUCGAAUUGGCGAUAAUUUUAACUUUUUCCACCAACGUAAGGGUUUUUUGUUUCCGUUUGCGGUUGGUGCUCGGUGGGAUGUCCAUUGCAGGAACGAAAACUGUUUAAUUCACCUCAAAAUUUACAAGACGGUACGAUUAAAACGCGAAUUCAAUGACGGAAUGACACGAACACGACGCGAUUCCAAAACCGAAUGACGCCAACCAAAACUUUGCAUCUAAGUCCCCCUCGAUUUUUAUUUGAAUGUGUGUGUGCGUUGGAAUGGCAGUCCAGUUAUCGAGCACUGCUCGCUAACUGGAAGGUUCUCUCAGCCCAGUUAUCGAGCAUAAGCUGUACUACCGCUACUUCGGUGGACAUACAUUAAACUUAAAGAUGCAGAUUAUUAUUUUGACGAUGAGAUAGAUUGCUGCUGAGUAUCUUAUAACUCUAGUUUUUUUUAUGCUGGAAAUCCAUUUAUAAAUAAACAAAAUCAGAUUCAAACAAACUA